UCUCGCCAGGAGGAGUAGGAGGAGUGAGCCAACAUGGAGGACCAGGCAAAGAUAACCUAGUGUGUGGCCACCUUCUUCCCCACUUUUCCUAAUGUUGGACUCCGAGAAGUUACCGAUACACUCACUAGGUGGUUGUAGAAGGUGUACGCGAAAGCUUCAAGCCAAUUUGAAGCUUUCGAUGCCGUUUUAAUGGCACUAUGAACCUAGACUCGCUAACUGCUGCUUUGUCUCAUAUUGGUAAUCUGGUCGCCAGUUUGACAAAGAAAAACCUGAACUCUAGUGCACAAGAGAUUCAGGAAGUGGUACGUCAGUUUGGUGGAGAGGCAGAGCGACAUUUGUACCGGGUGUUGAUUGGUCACCUGGAGUGGUCUGGGUCUCAGGGAGGAGAUAGCCACCGACCUUCACCGAAUAACAACAACAAUAAUAACAAGGACAAGGAGGCUGUGAGCAGUGUGGGUGUAGCCUCCCUCACCUGGUCAUCUACCAACGGGGGGGCGAGUGCCCUCCUUCUGCAGCAUCUGGGGGCCACUCUUCCUUCUUCAACUUUUAUUACUAGUCUUGCAUUUGCCAUAGCAAACCCACCGAAUCCCAACAAGGUCAAGCCACAGUGGGUCAGUGGUGUGUGUAGGGCUCUGAAGCUCUCCCGUCUUCAGGAGGUGACCCUCUGCUUGUACCUGCUUCAGGAAACCAACCAAGAAGUACGAAGUCAGUCCAUUGCCAUCCUCAAGCUUAAACUUCCAGAUCUUGUUCGUGCAUAUACUGAUACAGAAUCUGAGGAUCGUGAGCUGUUAGAGCUUUCAACAGAAGCUCUACAUCUGUUGUUGACACACAUUGUACAUUUGUGGAGGGAUCCACCAGUGUCCCUCUUAUCUCAGGAGUCAAUACAGGCUUUCAUAUUUGCACUCCAGCGAGAGUUUCCUCAAUCACGAGUACCAGUGGUUUUGGCUCCUUUGCUUUACCCUGACUCGGACAUCCUCAUGGAAAAGAUGACUCAAGAACAACCUACUAAUAUGGCCAAAAACCUACUGGAUGGGUCAUUAGCAGACCUGGUGCUUGAACUAGGUUAUAGUUUCUGUAAUACUGUAGAAGAAUGUCGGAACAACUUGGGCAACUUUGGGGUGAACUCCAUAACACCAGCAGCUGUGGCCAAAGUGUUGGGUGUGAUGGUGCGCACCCAUACUGGUCUGCCUUCAGAACAGAUUGGACUGCAAAACCUCAACACCCCUAGUUCCUUAUGGAGUGACAGCAAAGACAAAGCUUCUAAUAGUCAAUCACAAUCAGGUGGAAAUGAAGUUGGUGUACCAGGCUCGGGCAGCCUCUCGGGACCUCACGGCUGGAACGUUGAGGUGUUCAUCAAAGGCCUGUUGGAAGUUGUACCCAAUUUGAAUGUUAAGGAAAUCUUCACCAAGCUGGACCAUAAAGGAUUCUUAGUCAAAGAUAGACAAGGCUUGAAGCUUCUCAUGACUGGUCUAAGGUGUCUCCUUCAAGGCCAAGGAAUACGGCUUGACUUAUUUCCGGUGGAAUGCUUCUAUCACCAGUGGAAGAAUACUGAGGAGCAACUAAAUCUCAUCACACAAAUACUCAAAAAUCCUGAAAUAUUUUGCUUCACUGACUUUCAUUGCCACAUGAUCUCAACUGAUUGCCUUAAGACCCUUCCAGAAUUGGAUAACAAAGAUGUUGCUACAUGGAAGUCUGUUCAAUUGCUGGAAAUACUCCUGUAUUUGGGGGAAGCUGGCCACUACACAUCUGUGAAGGAGCUCUUUAAAUUUCCUAUCCAGCAUUGUCCAGACAUUCUGGUGUUAGGUUUAGUGCAGGUCAACCUGCCUUACACAAUGUUGCGACAAGAUCUCAUCACUUCACUGAUCCCAAUAUUCCUUGGAAAUCAUCCGAAUGCUGGUAUUAUUUUACACCAUGCAUGGCACACACAGAACCACACCAACACAGUGCGUCAGAUCAUCAUGCAUGCCAUGUCUGAAUGGUACAUGAUGGUGGAAAAUGACCAGACAAGACUGAGUCGUAUUCUAGAUGUGGCACAGGACCUUAAAGCUUUAUCUCUGCUCCUUAACGCCCAGUCUUUCCCCUUUGUAGUAGACUUGGCUUGCCUGGCUUACAGACGUGAGUUCUUAAAGUUGGACAAAUGGUUGACUGAUAAAAUUCGGGAACAUGGAGAACCAUUCAUAUCAGCUUGUGUAAAGUUCCUUCAGCGUAGAUGUCCUCAGCUGCUGGGAGGGAAGGAUGACAUGCUGCCUAAGUCCUCCCAACUACCUCCUGAGACAAUGGGGACCAUCCUUGUUUGCCUCAAUGCUUGUGCCAUGAAUGUGUCCCAGGAACUGUCAGACACCAUAAUCCAGAUGUUCCAGAACUGUAACUUGAUCAACAGAAGAACUCAAGUUGGUGUGAUUGGUUUUCCUGGUCCUGGUCCAACUCCUUCUAAUGAAGGUCCAUUGGGAAACAUAACAUCCAGCCUCAGCAACUUGAACCUUGGUGGUGCUGGUGUAUCCUCCUCAAUUUUCCCUACUCCUGUAUCGUCUUCAAUGAGCUUUGGAGGGAUAGGAUCGAUUGGGACAGCUCCAGGCUCCCCAGGUCGUCCCCUUGGACCUUCCACUGCACCAGGAACAUCCCAGUCUCCUUUGUCCUCAAUAUUACCUAAUCUUCCUCUGGGACCAGCCCUUCCUGUGGCACCAGUGGGAUCUCAACUCCCUGCACUGCCUGCCUCAUCCAACCUACCCUCCUCGCUGAGGUCUCACUCAGUUCAACCUACUGUUGCACCCCCAAGACAAAUGGAUAUGUCACAAAUUUUUGAUAUGCCACAAUCAGUCAGCAAGGAGGUAGAAGAUGAGGCCAACAGUUACUUUCAACGUAUCUACAAUCAUCCUCCUCAUCCUACUCUAUCCAUAGAGGAGGUUUUAGAUAUGUUGAAGAAAUUCCAUGAAUCUUCAAAUAAGAGGGAGAGAGAAGUUUAUUCUUGUAUGCUGAGAAAUCUCUUUGAAGAAUAUAGAUUUUUUCCGACAUAUCCAGAUAAGGAACUCUUCACCACAGCAAGGUUGUUUGGUGGCAUCAUUGAACAGGGCCUAGUUGAAUACAUGGCUCUUGGUGUGGCUUUGAGAUAUGUAAUGGAGGCACUUCAGAAGCCACAUGGCAGCAAGAUGUAUUACUUUGGUAUAGUGGCCUUAGAUAGGUUUCGGAGUCGUCUCAAGGAGUACCCAAGGUAUUGUCAACAUUUGAUGGCAAUUCAACACUUCAAUGAAUUUCAGCCACAUUUGAUUGAGUAUAUCAAGUAUGGAACACAGUCACAAGAACCUCCUACACGUCCCUCUGGGGUGGUCCUGCCUCCUUCUAUCAAUGUGUCCCCAAGUUCAUCAGUGCCUGGAACUUCAUCUUCACUUGUGGUUGCUCCAGUCACUGGUGGAGGGGCUCCCCCACCACCGGGAGUGCCUCCUGCAUCAUCUGUAGCAAAAAGUCUGCCUCCAGCCACAACUACUACCACUACCACUGCAGGAGCUAUCAUCAAGCCUCAGUUACUCUCAGCUGCCAAUAAUGCAGUUGGGUCUGGAAAGCCAACAAUUACUACAACCAAUAUUGAGACGCUUCUUGUGGCUACAGAGAAAGAGGAGAAAAUAACACCCCCUCCAGAGCACAUUCAAGACAAAGUUGCCUUCAUAUUCAAUAACUUAGCUCAAGUCAAUUUACCUCAGAAGUGUGAAGAACUACGUGAAGUGGUGGGAGAGGAGUACUGGCUAUGGGUGGCUCAGUACUUGGUUAUGAAAAGAGCCUCCAUUGAAAAUAAUUUCCACACUCUCUACUCACUCUUUCUUGACCAACUCAAGAUGAACUCCUUCAACUCAAUGGUCUGUCGGGAGACUCUCAGAAACAUCAAGGUACUUCUAAGGGCUGACAAGUCUGUUGCCAACUUCUCAGACAAAUCCUUGCUGAAGAAUCUUGGUCAUUGGCUGGGUAUGCUCACCCUAGCCAAAAACAAACCAAUCCUUCACACAGAUAUUGACAUGAAAUCCCUGCUGAUUGAAUCAUACAAUAAGGGGCUACAGGAGAUGCAGUAUGUGAUACCCUUCGUUGCUAAGGUGAUGGAGUCUUGUGCCAAGAGUCGUGUGUUCAAGGCUCCCAAUCCUUGGACAAUGGCCAUCAUGAAUGUUUUGGCAGAGCUCCAUAAGGAACCAGAAAUGAAACUGCAUCUGAAGUUUGAAAUAGAGGUGCUCUGCAACAAGCUGGAAAUCAAUCUGGAUGAUCUUAAACCAGCUAAUGUAUUGAAUGAUCGGGAACGUAUUGCUCGCCUCAAGCCCCAACUCUCACAGCCUGGAGGGUCUAAGAGAGCAGAGUCAACACCUCUCUUUCCCGCUUUGCCAGUCUUCGCUGCAGCUUCUUUCAUGCCAAAGACUCCAAGCUGGUCUCAAGCAGUUCCACCGGGUGCAAUUGUGGACACGAACACAGCCAGUGUCCAGAGCUCUUCAGUUGGUGCCACUCCCACCCCACUCACCGUGCUGCCUCCCCAUCCCUCCACCACUCCAACUCCUAUCCAGCCUCAGCAACCACCUGCCUCUGAACCACGCUUUAUUUACUCAGAUAUUAGUGUUGCCUCGCUAAGAGGCUUAGAGCCUCACAUAUCUGUCUCUGUACCUCAGUUUCUUCUUCAGGUUUGUGGUGUGGCGACCAAUGCACAAUUGAAGCAGCUAGUUCGUCAUGCUGUGGAGCUGGCCGUCCAAGAGAUUGUUGCAGCAGUCAUUGAGCGCAGCAUCAAGAUAGCCAUCACCACUGCUGAACAUAUUAUUAAGAAAGACUUUGCACUGGAUCCAGAUGAGUCUCGGAUGCGAGUUGCCACCCAUCACAUGGUGCGCAACCUGACUGCAGCUAUGGCCAUGAUCACAUGCCGAGAUUACCUGGCCACCAACAUCACCAAGAGUAUCAAACAGGGACUGAUGCAGGCCUUCUCUCGUGCAAAUCCUCAACAGCUGCCACAACCUGUGGAACAGAUGGAGCAACUUGCUGCUGCCAUUGCACAGGAGAAUGUUGGCAUUGCCUGUGCCUUCAUCCAGAAAAAUGCUGCUGAAAAAGCUGUAAAUGAAAUGGACAAAAGAUUGUCACAGGAAUAUGAGGCUCGCAAAGUAGCUCGAACUGAGGGACGCCGCUACUGUGAUCCAAUGAUCCUGACAUACCAAGUGGAACGGAUGCCUGAACAAAUACGUCUGAAAGUGGGCGGCAUCACCCCACCACAGAUGGCUGUGUAUGAAGAAUUUGCCCGUAACAUCCCAGGCUUUUUGCCCAUCACAGAUCAGGACACAAUGUUUUUGGCCAAGCCUGUGCCUAUCAGCUUGCAACAGCAACAACAACAGCAGCAGCAACAGCAGCAGCAACAACAGCAGCAGCAGCAGCAACAGCAGCAGCAGCAGCAGCAGCAGCAACAACAACAGCAGCAGCAACAGCAGCAGCAACAACAGCAACAGCAGCAACAGCAGCAGCAAGGUCCUCACACACAACAGCAAGCCUUUGGAAAUGAAGAAGCAACAGCAUUCCUUGUCCUGACAGAGAGAAUCAGUGCUGAACUAGAGCACACCAUCCAGACUUUCACCACCUUGGCUCCAAGCUCUCCACUGCUGUCCAUGCUUCAUUCCCUACGUGAAGGGUUGCUACUCACACGUACUAACAGAGACGUCCACACUGCUCAAGUACUCUUGAGGAAGUGUGUGGACAACCUGAUUGAGGGAGCACGAGAAUUCCCUAGUGAACCUGAGCUUAACCAGUUAGCACUCCGCUUCAGAGACUGUCAUCUCAUAGUGCUCAAGGCCAUGGCUGAUCAUCGCUGUUAUGGUGUUCCCUGGACCUCCAAGAAUAUUACCAAGUGUUGGACAGAGGGACGGGAUGAGGUCAAAUAUAAUUUGGACGUGGUAGACUGGCUAAUCCGCUCCAGUCUACUGAACCAUCAGAUGCUUGAUGAACACCUUGCACGCACCCUUGAUGAUCCCCGGGUCCACUCCUACUUCCCUUCUCUCUUUGUGAUGCAGCUAGUCCAGAUGUAUCUUAUAGAUGACCCAAGCAAUAGUGUGUUGAGUGAGACCGACUUGCAGCUAACAUUAGAAGCUCUGGUACGUCUGUGUCACUCAAGGCAAGCUCCUGAAGGUCUCAUUGCUCUCAUUGAAGCUCUCCGCAUGAAGCACGACUUGCUGACUGGAGAACGUAUCCCUGGGAGCAACAGUCUCAGUAACUUAAACAAUCCUAUUUCUGCUGGGCCAAGUCUUCACUUCCAUUCUGGAGUGACACAAGCCAGGGACUUCCAGGAUCCCCCAGCACUGCAAGAAAAGACAGAGGUGCUGUUGCGUGAGUGGAUCAACAUGUACCACUCCCCCUCGGCUGGCCAGGGGUCUGCUUCAGCCUUCCAGCAUUUUGUUAAGCAGAUGAAUCUUCAUGGUAUUUUGAAGACCGAUGAUCUCAUUACUAGAUUUUUUAGAAUAUGCAUCAGUAUGUGUCGUGACCUGUGUGUGCGUUCCAUCCUGGAGCAAGGGCAGGGGCCAUCACCCACCUAUGUACGCAGCAAAUGCUUCCAAAAUCUAGAUGCAUUUGUGCGGCUUAUUGCCUUAUUAGUCAAGCACUCAGGAGAAGCUACCAACCCUACAACAAAAAUUAACUUACUUAAUAAGGUUUUGGGCCUUGUUUGUGGGAUCAUGAUUCAUGAUAUAGAAUCCAACAGUACAGACUUCCAACAGCUGCCAUAUCACCGUAUCCUCAUUAUGCUCUUCCUGGAAUUGAAUGCCCCUGAAACAAUCCUCGAGUCAAUCAAUCUUCCGGUAUGUGAAGUGCUGAUGGCCUUCACCCAGACACUGCACCUGUUGCGGCCCAGCAAGUGCCCUGGGUUUGCUUAUGCUUGGCUGGAAAUUGUUAGUCACAGAGUGUUCAUUGGCCGCAUGUUGGCCAUCACUCCACAACAAAAAGGAUGGUCAAUGUACUCAAUGUUAUUGGCAGAUCUGUUCAAAUUUUUAGCUCCCUUCCUAAGAAAUGCAGAGCUAGCCAAGCCACUGACCAUGCUGUACAAGGGAACCCUGCGAGUGCUGUUGGUGCUGUUGCAUGACUUUCCGGAAUUCUUGUGUGAAUACCACUAUGGUUUCUGUGAUGUCAUCCCUCCAAACUGCAUUCAGAUGCGCAACCUCAUCCUUUCAGCAUUUCCUAGAAACAUGCGCCUUCCAGAUCCCUUCACACCAAACCUUAAAGUUGACAUGUUACCAGAGAUUACAGUGUCUCCCAAAAUCCACACUACUGUUGCAAACCUUAUCCAGCCCCCUGACUUCAAGAAGAAUUUAGAUUCCUACUUAAAGAACCGAACACCAGUCACGUUUCUCUCUGACAUGAGAACUUAUUUGCAGCAGGUCUCUAGUGAGCCUGGAAUGCGGUACAACAUGUCGGUGAUGAAUGCUCUGGUUUUGUAUGUUGGCAUGCAGGCCAUUGCACAGAUCCACAGCAAGGGCCUCACUCCUUCCAUGUCCACCAUUGCACACUCCGCCCACAUGGACAUAUUUCAGAAUCUUGGUGUUGACUUGGACACUGAAGGCCGAUACCUGUUCCUGAAUGCCAUCGCCAAUCAGCUGCGCUACCCCAACAGUCACACUCACUACUUCAGCUGCACCCUCCUGCACCUUUUUGCUGAAGCCAACACAGAAGCAAUUCAGGAACAGAUCACCCGAGUCUUGCUGGAAAGGCUGAUAGUGAACCGGCCACAUCCAUGGGGACUCCUCAUCACCUUUAUUGAACUUAUCAAGAAUCCCUCAUUCAAGUUUUGGAGCCAUGAAUUUGUAAAGUGUGCUCCAGAAAUUGAGAAGUUGUUUGAGUCGGUGGCUCGGUCAUGCAUGGUCCAGAAAGUGUCUGCUGCCAGGGAGGGCGAGGCCUGACCACAGGUGCUGCACACAUACUGUUCCUCGCAGGACACCUGACCACACGCAUCCCACCCUGUGCAGGCAGCAGUCGAAGCUUUAUAUUUUAGAAUGCAGGAUUUGAGAUUAUAUGGUAUAGGACUGUGUUGAUGUUGACUUUUGGUGCUCCAGAUAGGAGCCAAGAGUGUCCUGUGACUUGCGGUGCUUGGCUGAAAGCUACUUGACAUAGAUGUUAAUAUGUGGUGACAUGAAUUUCUAAUAUAUAUAUAUAUAUAUAUAUAUAUAUAUAUAUAUAUAUAUAUAUAUAUAUAUAUAUAUAUAUAUAUAUUAUAUAUAUUAUAUAUAUCAAUUCCUCGCUGAAGAUGGCUGUAAGACUUAGUUCUCUGAGGAAGAUAUGCCAGGUGCAGAAUAAUACAGGCUUGGUUUUAUGAUGAGAAAUUUGCAUUAUACCUCAGAUUAUAGAAAUCUCUGAUAUCUAAGGGACCCAGGUGAUGUAUAACAUUACUGUGAAAUAUUGUUUGUUUUGAAAAUUUCCAGCAAUUAUUGUGUUUAUUUAUGAAAUUAAUUUGCCGUUACUGCUGUUCUUUAUGACAUUGGAGCUUGUCAUUACAAUGUUGUUUAUGCUUUAUUUGGUAAUUGCAGCAAUUUAAGUGGUUAUUAAAUGCUGUAAAGGUAUGUGAUAAUCUUAAGUCAUUUACUUGAGGAUUAUAGUGAAAUUGAGUUGAUUUGGUGAUUGGUAAAUUAUAUCAAUAGAAGACCAAUAACUGUAUAACCUACAAUAGUAAGGACCUUCAGACUGAAGUAAAAGUGCAUCUUAAAGGUUGUAAACUUACAGAGGUAUCUGUAAUAACAGAGAUGUGUGUGUAAGACAAAGUAGCCAUAAACAGUGUGCCAGAGUGCAAAAAUGAGAGAAGAUACUAAUUCCAUUGAGUGAUAUGUACCUAUUUCCAUGUGAUCUAACUUCCAGGGAAUUAUGUGAUGAGAUGUACCUAAGAUAUUUAGAUAUUAUAUGAUGUAGAUUUCUAUAUAAUGAUGAUGGCCUUUGCUGAGGAGCUUCUGCAGUAAUGAAGCAAGAAUCAAAGAAGCAAGUUCUUCACAAAGUGUUAGGUGUGUUUCUCCUUCAGCCUCCAAGGAUACAGGUGUGUGGCAAGGACUGCUGAGUGCCACCAGCAACUGAUGUUACCAAAGAGUUGAACAUGCCUUCAGCUUGACUGGUUCUCAGAGGCAUGGCAUCAUCCAUCUCUUGUGAUAGCACUUCGUACCAUAUGCAAAAGUAAUCAUGGGCGCAAAGCAUGUACAAACUCCACCCUCCUUCCUACUUAGGUUCAUAAUAUACUUGAAAGGCUGUCUAGUAGUUAAUGUAAGUAAUAUUAUCAUGUAGUAAAUAAGGUGCCCUUAUAUCCUGAGGCUUUUCAUCCUGCUGUAAAGUGUCUUCGUGGAGGGUGUUGGUGGUCGCAGUGGUGAAGAAGUGGGCUGGGUGGGCAGUACUGCCGUGGCUGACGGCUCUGGUGUUCUCUCAAGGGUGGAGCAGGUCUUUGUCUUGGUUGAACUAUUGCACCCUGGAGGUGGCGUGUUGAAGCACAAAUCUGUGUUAGAUGUAAGAAUUGUAAACCUUCAGGUUGGAACAUAUUUUAGUAAGUGGACAAAAGCUUUGUGUCAGUGUGAAGGCAGUCAGGGAAACACUUAUCUCAGCAGCAGCAGCAGCAGCAGCAGCAGCAGCAACAGCAACAGCAGUUCCCCCACACCUGACAGCAACACUCUUCACUUACCUCGCUUGAAGGACUGCCACAGCUCUCUUAUGGCCAAGAAAUACAAAUCUAGUAUUGUUAAAAAUCAAUCACCAAUUUGUAUGAAAUUGUAUAGUAGAGUUGUUGAGGAACAGAGUGGAGGUGUUCACAGGACAUCCUGUGGCUGUACAGUUCAAGUUUAUUUUUGUUGAUAAGGACUUCGUCUCAAGAUGUGCAGUUGAACAGUUUGUGUCAUAUUCUUUAGUCCAUUGUAGGUUAAGGAUGUGAAUAAAGGUCUUCUUGUAGCAAAGUG